AUGGAUGGUCCUCUGAGGCGAUUUUUUGUCGUUGUUUCGAAUCCGGCCAAACGAACAAUGAGGCUGCCAUCGAGUCUUGUGCAUGAAUACAUGUGCGAUGUACCUCUUCGAUGUACGUUAACUACAACAGCAGGUCGCAUGUAUGAGGUUACAAUAAGAGGUAAUGUUUAUGGUGUAGCAUUUGAUGAAGGGUGGUUCGAAUUUGUUGUGGCGGAGAAUAUUCAGCGUGAUUAUUAUGUUUGGUUUGAACGCAAUAAUCUUAAAGAAUUUGUUGUCACUGUUCUUGAGGAAAAUGCAAUUGAGCGCACUGUGGAAUAUCAUUUUACACUUGAGAUCAAGAAAACACACAUAGAACGUGCACGGCUGCCUAUCCCUAUUCUGUUUUGGCGGGCACAUGUGGUGGGUAAGUAUGAUUACUUGACUCGUGGGACAUUGGCAUGUGCCGAAGGCGAGUAUGAAGUUAAAAUUGUCGAAGGGCAUGGGAAAGUGUUGAUGCAAAAUAGUCGCGCUAGAGAGUUUAUAAAUAGAAGUGGAAUUGUUGAAGGUUCAAAAUGUAUAUUCCAUUUGUUUCCUGAUGAGUAUGUUGGUUUUGUGAUGAGCAUAGCGUGA